AUGUCGUCUGAAGCAAAAACUGAAACGGCGGUCGUCGAGCCCGACGUGGGUGGCAAGACGGCCGACGCAGGCGCCACCAAAGUCGACGGCUCUGGCGCCGGCUCGGAACUCGAAGUCGUGUGGACAAACCAAGGCACGGAUCCUGGACUGGCGGCCAUGGUUGCACAGAUGUCUCCCGAGAGACGGGCCCAGGUCGAGAAAAAGCUGAAGAGGAAGCUGGACUUGGUCUUGUUCCCGACCUUGUUGGCUUUCUACAUUCUCAACUAUAUCGAUCGAAAUGCUCUAGGAUUUACAAAGAUUGUUGGUAUCCAAAAAGACCUCAAUCUCACCAGCACCCAAUUCGCAACUUGUCUCUCCAUUCUCUACGUGGGAUACUGCCUCUUUCAAGUUCCCUCCAAUCUCAUGCUGUCCAAAUCCAAGCCGUCGCUCUACUUGCCCUUCUGGAUGGGAAUCUGGGCCAUAGUAUCUGGCUGCGCGGCCGCCGUGCAGGGCUAUACUGGCCUGGUCACCGUCCGAUUCUUCCUCGGGAUUGUUGAAGCCCCGUUUUUCCCUGGUGCAGUCUUUCUGCUUUCCUCUUGGUAUACAAGGAAAGAGAUGGCCAUGAGAUGUGCCAUUCUCUUCGGCGGAAACAUGCUCAGCAAUGCCUUCGGAAGCUUGAUUGCCCUAGGAGUCACUACCGACCUCAAUGGCGCGCACGGGCUCGAAAGCUGGCGCUGGCUCUUCAUCAUCGAAGCCUGCAUGACCUUUGGCUUCGCCAUCAUCGCCGUCUUCCUGCUUCCAAACUACCCGCACAACACACGUUGGCUCAAGGGCGAGGAACGCGCCAUCGCAAUCUGGCGCCUGAUCGAGGACGUCGGCGUGGUGGAUGAUUCCCAAUCGGACAAUGUCACCAUGUGGCAGGGCUUUGUUCUGGCCGUCAAAGACUACAAGACUUGGUUUUUGGUGUGGAACCAUAUCUUCUUGACUGUGGGCGCGGGUAUUGUCGUCUUCUAUCCUACCGUUGUCGGCACGCUAGGUUUCUCCAGAGAGGUGACAUAUGCUCUGAUCGUGCCACCAUACCUUCUCGCGUUCGCCACCAGCGUCUAUGGAUGUCAUCACGCAGACAUCAAGAAGGAACGCACAUGGCACAUGCUGGGCUCGAUCGGCAUCACUUGUGUUGGACUGAUCAUCCUGGCCAGUUCUCUCAACACCGGUGCCCGGUAUUUCUCGCUGUUCCUGGUCACUUGCUCGGUCUACAUCGCCUUUGACUGUAAUCUGGCAUGGUAA